UUUAGUAAAAGAUGCUGAAUUUAAAAAUGCUGCACUCAAAGUGUUUCCUCUCUCUCUGCAGAUAAAAACUCGGGGAAACUGGGAUGCGUUGGUUGGCUCCUGGUUUUCAUGUCAGUGAUCUUUGUGAUGGUAACCUUCCCACUCACAAUAUUCUUCUGUGUUAAGAUCGUGAAGGAGUAUGAGCGAGCGGUCAUAUUUAGACUCGGCCGGAUCACAGACAAAAAAGCUAAAGGGCCAGGGCUUUUCUUAAUACUGCCUUGCACCGAUAACUUGGUGAAAGUGGAUCUGAGAACUGUGUCUUUUGAAAUUCCGCCUCAGGAGAUCCUAACCAGAGACUCGGUGACCGUGUCUGUGGACGGGGUGGUGUACUUCCGCGUAUACUGCCCCAUCUCUGCAGUGGCCAAUGUGUUCAAUGCUCACUCAUCUACUCGGCUGCUUGCUCAAACCACUCUGAGGAAUGUGCUUGGUACCAAAAAUCUUUCGGAACUUCUGUCUGACAGGGAGGGCAUUUCACUCAGUAUGCAGGAAACCCUGGAUGACGCCACUCAUCCGUGGGGCAUCAAAGUGGAGCGUGUAGAGAUCAAGGAUGUGAAGUUGCCUCAGCAGCUGCAGCGAGCCAUGGCGGCAGAGGCAGAAGCCAGCCGGGAGGCCAGGGCCAAGAUCAUUGCUGCAGAGGGAGAGAUGAAUGCGUCCAGGGCUCUGAAAGAAGCCUCUGUUGUGAUGUCUGACUCACCCUGUGCUCUUCAACUGAGAUACCUUCAGACUCUCAACACCAUCGCAGCAGAGAAGAACUCCACCAUCAUCUUCCCUCUGCCCGUAGAUGUAAUACAACAUUUCAUGCAGUGGAAGGCAUGAACCUCAUAUCAGCCAAGUUCCACAUUCCUGCCGGUUUUUGUGAUAUUAUCAUUUUUAAAGUUAGAAAGCUCCAGUGGCGUCUCUAUUAAAUGUGGUCCAACAGGCCGGAUGUGACUGCUGGAAU